AUGCCCUCGCCGUCAGCCCAAGCCUCACCGUUCAUCGCCCCGCGCCCCAUCCACGCCCACCAGCGAGUCAGCGAAUAUUCCCUGACACACGAGUCGACGCCCCGGAGUAUACCCCCAGAGAGCAGAGAUGGCCCUGCCGGCUCGGAUGUAGAAGACAGGACCAGCACACGCACUGAUCACGAUGACUAUACCACCCCCAAUCCCUCCUCGACUCCCGCCUUGCCGUCCUCUAUAAUAUCCCCCGCCUUCACUCCUCCAUCCACCCCCGGAGCCGGCAGCAGCAGCAACAGCAACUAUCCCUCCAUUCUCUCUCCACAGCCUGGCACUGCGGUGCGACACAUACCCUCCAAGCCGCCGAGGCUACUGCCGCAUCUCCCGAAGGUAGAAUGCAUUGUUCGCGCACGCAUACCAACCACAACCGGCGCAGAGAUGUUCCUGCAUCUCUACCAGAACGACGCCGAUAACAAGGAACAUCUAGCCAUUGUGUUUGGCAAUACGAUCCGCAGCCGUAGUCUCGACCGGGUGCGGGACGGAGAGACCGAGAUGGACCGUAUGAUCAGGGGUGCGUACGUUGGCAGACUACGGCCGGGACGGAUAAGCAGUCGCUAUGACGAGGCUACGAACGCGGACAAUGGUGUCAAGAGCACAGUACCGGAGUCAUCGAUGCCUCUGACACCAGAGACUCCAGUUCGGUCACCAUCACAGGCGCCGCUGGUUAGGAUUCAUUCGGAAUGCUACACCGGUGAAACCGCAUGGUCAGCACGAUGCGAUUGCGGCGAACAGCUAGACGAAGCCGCACGACUGAUGUCCGAACCCACGUCCGCGUCCUCCGAAGCCGCCACACCCAACGCUGAUGCCAACGCCUCGGGGCCGGGCGGUGUGAUAGUGUACCUGCGUCAGGAAGGGCGUGGGAUCGGUCUGGGCGAGAAACUCAAGGCAUACAACCUGCAGGACCUGGGCUCAGAUACCGUAGAGGCCAACCUGCUCCUCCGACAUCCCGCGGACGCACGCAGCUACGGUCUUGCAACUGCCAUUCUCGUUGACUUGGGACUAGGGGAGGACUCGUCGAACGGUGGGAUCCGACUGUUGACUAACAAUCCUGACAAAAUUGCGGCGGUGGAGGGUCUGAACCGAGAGGUUGUUGUCAAAGAGAGGGUUCCGAUGGUACCACUCGCGUGGAAAACGGGCGGUACCAGGGGGAUAAAGAGUGCAGAGAUUGAAGGAUAUCUUAGGACCAAGGUGAGUCUAGGCCUCGUGGUGGAAUACUUGACUGACAGCUGCUAA